UCCUUAUUCCGUUCUCGGGCUCUGGACUUCGUCUUCUCCACUCCACAGCUACAGACGACGGUUCAGCACUCCUCCUCAUCUGAUCUCUCACCGCCUCUGCGCCUCACACCCUCCUCCCUCUGCAACACUCCAAUCAGGCGGUCACUCCCUACUCCCUCUCGCCUCCGCCCUCGCUCCUCAGUCCUCACAUCCUCAGACGGUCUGACCUCACUUCGUCGACUCAGCGGCGAUCGUACGGGACUCGGGCACUCAGCGGCUCUGCGGAACUCACCUCAUCCUCGCCCCUCAGCCAGUCAGCCCUCUGCGCCUCCGCUUCACUGUAUCAAAUCCAAGGCUCAAGGCAUUUAAAAGGUUACAAUGGACUCCACAAUGAAGGAGUUCCAAGAAAAGUUAAUUGAGGUUGAAAUUGAAGGCGAGAACAUUUUAUUGGCACGGCAGCAGUUAGUUGAAAAUGAUAGGGAAAGGAAUGGAAACAGGGAAGCAUUGACAGCAUUAAGGAAGAGGGCAAAGACAACAAAAUCCAGCGUUCCUUCACCUUUUGAGUCGAUAAUGAGGGAGAUUGAGACGAAACCAUUGGUGAGAGAGGUUUGUUCAACUUGUGGCAACCAUGACGUGAAGGAGACAACUUGGCUUAUGUUUCCUGGAACUGAUAUUUUUGCUAGUGUUCCAUUUCAUGCUGUCCAUACCAUUCUUGAGCAAGAUCAAACUCGACUGGAUUAUGAAGCUAAGAAACUUCAAAGCUAUGUAAAGGAGAAGUCGUUUAUCAUAUCUGAGAGAGGAGUUCUUGCUGACAGGAUCAGCCCUGGCGUUCUUAGAUCUAUGGUCACCUUGUCUGAUACACCAAAGAAAACUGAGCCAACAGAAUGACUCCUUCCUGCAUUCAAACAACCAGUUCCCCUGCUUCACUCUCAAUUAUUCAUAAUUUUAGACCGAAGCGGACCUAUAGCGAUAGCAGUGUGCCCGUGCUUAUAUAGAGGUAUUGUGUGUCGCUUCUCUCCCAUCUCCAUUAUGGAUUUCUAGUUUAAAAUUUGAAUGUGAAAAGGGUGUGUUUAGUAAUUGAGAAUGUUUUUCAUUUAUCUCUAGAAAAAUUGUUUUCUAGCAUUAUUUUCAUUUUUUCAGUUUAGGUAUUUGAAUAACUAUUUUUUCCUUAAAUUUUAAAUACAAAAAUAUGCGUAACCUUUCAUCUUC